CUAAGCCGUCCGCGCCCGUCCCCCUCUCAGAAAACAUUUUUGCCCCUCUCUCUGCGCUCUAUCCUGUUGUUUUAGCUCCAACAAAACGCUUCUUCCACCGCCCAGAGAAACCAGUGUACAGAGUAGCGCCUGCUGUCUGCGCAAGUGCAACGCGGCAAAUUACACGCCGCAGCGGCAUAAACACCAUGACCCUGUAGCUUGUGUCUGGUGCGAGCUCAUCCGAAGUUUCUUCCUACGCUUCAUUUUAUCUUUGCCCGUCACAGACGAUGGACAAGACAUACUCACUCACACACACACACACACUUCUCGGUACAAACAGUAACACUCAUCGACGCAGCACAGACUUCAGCUAUCUUCGCCUCUUCGGAUCAGAUGAUGCCAUUGGGAUCGUCGUGACUGUCCGGCUUGACCUGCCCCGCCUGUCUCGUCGUCUUCUUUUCUGCAAUUCUACCCUCCACAACCUGAACCACUUCUUCAACUGCCCUCUCGUCGUCACCCCUUCCGGCUUCGGGUUGAGUCGAGUCAAGCCGAUACACUGCCUGUCCCUUUCGGUCACAUUCUCGCCACUUUUCGAGAGCCCCUUCGAAGCCGACGGGAUGCUGUCCGUUUGCCCGUCAAAGUACCGACUCUCUCUCUAUACACUACAUCAACGCUCGAUUGUUUAGUUAUGCCAUGCUCAUCUCGUUUUCUACGCGGCCUCAGUCCUGCCGUUCUCUGUACGGUGUACUGCUCCUAUGGUUGAUAGCGCAUUGACUCGUCAUUCUGUAAUGUCUUGUUCUCGUCCUUUUUGGCGGUUUGUCACUGCCGUGUCAGUCAGUCUGUCAGUUAUUGGCCUUGUCACGGACGGUACAAACUCCUGGGCUUUGACAAGUGCCAUCGUUCAUCACCGAGAGGCCUCGCCCGCGUAGUCGACGGAUACACGUCCAAGUCCACGCCUGCCGGGCCUAUCUUCAGCCCAGAGCAGGGGAGUCGAGUCCAAAGUUUUUAGUGUGGCACCAACCGAC